UUGCGGGAGUUUGCGGGCGGAGUCGUACACUGUGAAAUAGUGAGUGAGAAAAAGAGAGUGAGAACGGGGGAGAAAAAAGAAGAGAGAGAGAGAGUGAGGGGAGUGAGAUUCAAGCGGUGGUGCGGGCUUACAAAGUGUCCUUUUGGCGUUUCCGGUGAGGAGCAGCAAGUCGUCUCCUCCGCAAAAAAACCGAGUUGUCUUGUGCUGCUAUUUUUGUCAAAAACAAAUAAGGACACUAAAAAGUUGGAGCUUACCGGUGCGCCUGCGGGAGGACUUCUAUAACAUGUCGGGAAAUAAGGACACUGACGGCGGUUGGAGGGGCUUUCUGUGGAAUUCCGAGAGGAAGGAGUUUCUAGGGAGGACCGGCGGCAGUUGGUUCAAAAUCUUUUUGUUCUACGUCAUCUUCUAUGGAUGCUUGGCGGCCAUCUUCGCGGGGACCAUUCAGGUGAUGUUGCUCACUUUGAGCAACUACAAACCCACCUACCAGGACCGGGUGGCACCCCCAGGUCUAUCACAUACGCCGCGUUCGGAAAAAUCGGAGAUAUCAUUCAACAUGACUGACGCCAACUCGUACCAGAAGUACGUGUCGAGCAUGAAAAAUUUCCUCACGCUGUACGACGACGACCGCCAAACCGACCUGAUGAAAUACGAAGACUGCGGAGACACAGCCGGACCUUACAUCGAACGCGACAGCAUGGAGAAGGACAAGAGCCAGCGCAAAGCUUGCAUGUACCGACGGUCCUGGCUGCAAAGCUGCUCGGGCCAGAGCGACGAAACCUUCGGUUUCCGGUCCGGAGAGCCUUGCAUUAUCAUCAAACUGAACCGGAUCGUCAACUUCAGGCCCAAGGCACCCGAGAGUAGCGAGGGAUUGCCUCCGCAAAUUCAGGCCAAAGUCUCACCCAACUCAGUGCCCAUUUUCUGUAAGAACAAGCGCGAGGAAGACGCCGACAAACUGGGCCCGAUCCAGUACUUUGGCUUCGACGGCACCUUCCCGCUGCAGUACUACCCGUACUACGGUCGGGCGCUGCACCCCAACUACCUUCAGCCCCUGGUGGCCAUCAAGUUCACCAACGUGACGCUGGGCCAGGAGGUGCGCAUCGAGUGCAAGGCGUACGGCGCCAACAUCCAAUACAGCAGCAAGGAUCGCUAUCAGGGACGAUUCGACAUCAAGUUCACCAUCACCUCGUGACCUCGCUCGCGACGAAGCCCCGCCCCCUUUUGACAAGCAACUCCCACCGCGAUAAAAACCACAACACACCACUAUAGUCGUCUCGAGCGUUCUCCCCGCACAGCAGUGGUUCUCAACUCAAUCGAUGGCGAUAAAACCGUGCCAAUAUUGAAAAUUGACUAACCGCACGAUUGUCUUCAACUCGUGAUUUAUGAACUCAUUAGCCAUCAAUUUGCCAACUUUUUU